AUGCAAAAACCAGCAGACCCCAACGAACCCAACGAACCCAACGAACGAACAUGCUCUCCGAAAUCAUCAUCUCCGAUUUUAAAAUCCAACCCUAUCAAUUACAAUAAAACAGCAACAACAACCAAUCAUAGAACAACUUCAUCAUGGUUCUCUCCUCUCUUCAAAUUAUCAUCCUUCAAGUCUUAUUAUUCCUUCCUUUCAAGCCUCACACCUAGUACCUUUUCCAAUUCCAUUUCAAAAGAGGCUCUUCUAUCCUUUACAUCAACUUGUUCAUCCCGAGUGAGUAUUAUAACAAGAUUCCUUUAUAAAAUUCCUGAACCAUUUCGCUCUGUUGCCUCUGCAGGAAUUUUGUCUGUGGUGGUGUUCGCAUAUUUUGAUCUUAAAGAGUCAUCAGCAGAUGAAACCAUCAGUUAUUGGACUGGAAUUCCAGCUAUUGAUCUAACAAACGUAUUUAGAAGUAGAUUGUAUCAUAAAAAAGAGACUGCGUUUUUAGUGAAAUUUGACACUCCCUAUCCUUUUGAAUCUGAAUUUGAUUUAUUAAAUGAAAAUGCUUUUAAUUUUUCAAAAGAAUGGCAUGACUAUUGGCGAGAAAUGAAAUUAGAUUCAAAUCCUCCCAAUACUCCAGAAGAAGAUUUAAUACACCCAUUAGACUCACAUAUAUUCACACUUCGGAAUGGAAAGCAAAUAGAUAUGGAACAUUUAUGGUUUUUAUAUUUGCAACUACAUUCAAUCAAAUAUGAUACCAUCUCAGAGUUAAUUAGAAAUAAUAAGGUCUCCAAUGAUUUAAUGUAUGAUUUGAAAAUAGCAAGUACAAGAGAUGAAGAAUUUCGACAUUUGACUCAAAAUUAUAUUGUGAAUAAGGAUCUAGACCAUUCUAACCACACUUCUAAAUCACUCGAUGAACUCAUUCAACAGAAUAUUUCUCAUCAAAAUUCAUAUUCCAUUCUUCAAAAAAGAAAACUCAAUGAAGAAUAUCAAAAUCGAUUAAUCACCAAGAAGGAUCUUCUCACUCCACAAGACUAUUUGAGACUUUUUUAUACUGAAAAUAGAGCCUAUAGAUUUAGUGCAUUGUACGAUAGGAAUUUUAUCAAAUAG